CCAAUUCCUCUCUUGAAACCCUAAAAAUCUAAGCUUUCAUAAUCCAAAUCCUUUCAUCAAGUGGCAGAUUCAAUUAACAAUCUCUGGCAUCCAAAAGUUACAUUCAAUUAUGAGAUACAAAAAGGGUUGCAAAGUGGAGGUUAGGAGUUAUAAGACUAUGCUAAUUUCAUGGCAAUGUGCUGAAUUCAUCUCUGGUAGUGACCACAGUUGCCUUGUGAAGUUUGAAUCGAAAAAAGAGGAGGCUGUUUUCGAGAGAGUGUCUUGGAAUGAUAUCAGACCUUGUCCCCCCUCAUCAGUUGAAGAUAUCGACCUUCAGUUUGUUUCUGGCGAUGUUUUGGAGGUUUUCGAUCAUGGUUCUUGGUUGACUGCAGUCGUUCUGAAAGUUUUGAAUAAGGGUUGUUAUUCGGUGAGACUGCUUGGAUCUUCCAAGGAAUUGAAAAUCCAUAAGUCGAGAAUUAGGCUUCGAUUAUCAUGGCAACACGAAAAAUGGCUUAGUGUUGGACAGGGUUCUAGACGAAAUCAACAUUUCAAACCUAACGGUGUUCGUAACAUAUUAAAGUUUAAGCUGAGGCAGAUCAAGAAAGAUUUUAUUCCUUUUGAAGAUAAUGAGAGGUAUCGAAGAAAGGUAGAUGAUGGUGAUUUUUACCCAAAAGAAAAACCGGGUGAAAAAGGGGGCCAUGCUUUUUGCCGGCUUCCAUUGGCUUCCAAUUGGUAUAUUCCAGUUUUUACUUCCUUUUUUUGUUCUUCUAUAAGAAUCUUAUUUCCAGGUGUUUUUGCUAACUUUGAAUUGAUGACAGGAAGAUGUGAGGAUUUCUCAUACAAGGUAAAACUAAAAGAUAAAGAAGAAGAAGAAUCUUCUUUGAAGGAUCGAAAGAUGAGGCUUUCCCUUGGGCUGUCUGGGUUAGGAGAGUAGCCGCCUCUUUCCUCUCCAAAAGCCGAUUCAGAUACCGAAUCUUAUCCGAGAGGUGCAGGUGCAGAAGUUAUCCCUUUUACUCGGGUAUUCUACCACUUCGACUAAUGCGGACGCGGUUCCCUCCUUGUUUGACAUGGACAGUUCCCUCCUUCAAAAUCUCUAUUCUUUAUAUUGAUCAUCAGAAAUGCUUUUUUCAGGUUGCUAACUUUCAUUCGAUUUUGCAGGGAUUAAGUUUAAAUGAGAGCUCAUUCUCUAGAGUAAGCUGUUACCAUCCCAUUUGUGAAAAGCUUUUCUUUUUUGCUGGAAGAUUGUUAAUUUGAUUCUUCUAUGAUCUUUAAAAUUUUCAUUUUGGUUAUGCAGUUUGACCUUGAUUGUCCCAUUAUGUUUCGAGAAUCAUCGUAUCGAGGUUUGAACAAGAAUACCUUUUUGAGGGAGAUGGACCACCAUUUGGUUCUAACUAGAAGAUUUAAAUGCUCACUAUUUUAGAUUAUAGGUUUCUUUUUACUAACAAUUAUAUUGUACCAAGAGUAAAGAAAAAAAAGUUUGUUUUUAGUUGACUUAAUAUAAACAUUGUUAUUUGUAUUAAAAGACUAAUCUAUUAAUUGAAAUCAAAUUUAAGAGAAUUUUAAUGGAAUCUUGGGAAAAUAAUAGAAUUAUCAUUUUUUUCAGGUACUACAUUU